UUUUCACCGCGAUCGUCGGGUGGUAUUGCAGGUCUGGCUCCGAGGAAGCCCUUCUUCAUGAUGAACAACGAAGAGAGACUGGCUGCAGCCAAGCCGGCCGCCCCCGCCCCGAAGCGGCCGGCGGCGCCCAAGCCGACAGAACCGACGAGGAAGAGUCGAAGAGUGCAGCAGCUGUACUUCUACGACGAGGAUAACAAGGAGAACCCCGACGAGGACGAGCUGAUCUUCUGCAUCGACUGCCGUAAGGCCUGGGCAGGCGACUGCCCCGUGCACAAGGGGUUCGAGAUCCUCGAGGACACGAAGGUUGCCGAGGACACCCCGAAGGAUGAGCGCAUCCUGGCCUCGCUGCCCCCGGGACUGGUCGUCCGAGACCUCGAAAGCGACGACGACAAGAAGUCUGGCGACGACGCGGAGGACGCCGAGGGCGCCGCCGCCGAGGUGACCACCCGGGGCGUCUUCGCCAAGGUGCCGCUGGCCAAAAGGACGCGCCUGGGCCCCUACGAGGGGGACAUCCCAGAGGACGACGAGGACCCUAGUCCAGAAGUAAGUCCCGGUGGACGACGGGGCUGUCCGCCACGUCUUGGAACUUAGA